AGAGAGAGAGAGAGAGAGAUUUGCGAUGAAACAAAACGAUUAGACAAAGACACGCAUCCACGUGGAUGCUCCUGGAGCUCCCUUGAAUUUCUGUCUGUUAAAAGUCUUUGAUUGUCGGAGGAUGCAAGUUAGGGAGAGAGAGAAAGAUAGGGAGAGAGAGAGAGAGAGAGAGAGAGAGAGAGAGAGAAACUUGUUUCAUUGAUGAGUUAGCUCAACACCGGAGGCUGUUAUGUUUCUGAUCUUGAUCAUUCUAGAUACCAAACGAGCCAGGCAGGGAGAGAUAUAAUUCACGCAUUCUAGGACCAUCUCCAUCGAUGUUUGAUAUCAGUUGAUUCUUUGUAGGAUCUUGAGUUUGUCGCCAUUUUGAGGAUUUGCAAUUCUCUCUUCUGGGUUUGGCUCAGAAUCUCAAGAAACGUUAGGGAGAGAACAGAAAAAUGGGGGUGGAUUAUUACGGGAUAUUGAAGGUGGACAAGAACGCGACGGACGAUGAUCUGAAGAAGGCGUACAGGAAACUGGCAAUGAAGUGGCAUCCCGACAAGAACCCCAACGACAAGAAGGAAGCCGAGGCCAAAUUCAAGCAGAUCUCUGAAGCCUAUGAGGCAAGCUUUCCCACUUUGAUGCAGGUUUUGAAUGACCCUCAGAAAAGGGUGAUCUACGAUCAGUACGGCGAGGAAGGCUUGAAGGACAUGCCCCCUCCCGGUAGCAGCGGCAACUCGAGCGGUUUCAACCCCAGAAACGCAGAAGACAUAUUCGCGGAGUUUUUCGGGAGUAGCCCUUUCGAGUUUGGGUCAUCAGGACCUGGAAGGUCGAUGAGAUUCCAAUCGGAUGGGGGCGGAGGAAUGUUCGGGGGAUUUGGCGGAGGCGAGAACAUUUUCCGAACGUAUAGCGAAGGGGGUGGCGCUAUGCCCCGUAAGCCGCCACCGAUCGAGAGCAAGCUGCCUUGCACUCUCGAGGAACUAUACUCGGGAUCGACAAGGAAAAUGAAGAUAUCAAGAACAGUGAUGGACGCCAAUGGCCGACACACCGUGGAGACGGAGAUACUGACGAUCGAGGUGAAACCCGGAUGGAAGAAAGGAACGAAGAUCACUUUCCCCGACAAAGGGAACGAGCAGCCGAACCAACUCCCCGCCGACCUCGUGUUCGUGAUAGACGAGAAGGCCCACGACGUUUACAAAAGAGACGGCAAUGACCUCAUCCUGAACCACAGGGUGACGCUGGCGGAGGCGAUCGGCGGCACGACCGUGAAUCUCGCCACGCUAGAUGGCCGGGACCUGUCGAUCCCAGUGACAGACAUCGUGAGCCCCGGUUACGAGCUGGUAGUCGCGAGGGAAGGGAUGCCCAUAGUGAAGGAGCCCGGGAACAGGGGAGAUCUGAGGAUCAAGUUCGAGGUGAAGUUCCCGACCAGAUUGACGGAGGAGCAACGAGCGGGGCUCAAGCGCGCACUCGGGGGUUGAGACAACCGUACCUACAUACAUUAUACAUGCACACACGACUGCACAGCGAAAAGCAUCAUUCGCGGCGGCUUCCGGAUGUCGGCCGAGGCAAACACUGAUCGGAGAUGUUUGUACAUGAGGACAUCCUAUGUGAUCCGUUCCACAUUCUUUCUUUUAUCUCCCUCGAAACCCCUUUUGAGGGUAGAGAUAUCACCCUUCAUGUAAUUGAUCAGAGUUGAACAGUGAUGGUGUUCCUUCUUUUCUAUGUUACAUAGCGUGAAAAUUACGGACAAUCAGUUCCGGGUU